AGUCUAUUGUAUCCGAUAGUGUGGAAUAAUGCUUCAUCAACCUCUGUUUUUGAUAAAUUGGCAUCAAGUGGUAUUCCGAACUCAUCAAAUAAUUUGGGACCUACUUCUCCAAUUUGUGCAAUAAUCGUUAUGAAAAGCCUGUCAUCAAAUAUUUAUAUCAAGUCAACACUAUAA